CCAGGUGCAUUGUGGGAGUUAGAAGAGUUUUACAAAGUAAAAAAUGAAAGUAAUUAUCCUAGCCGCCGGCUAUGGCACAAGACUAUUUAAGGAUCUCAAGAAUGAUCGGAAUGAACAAUUUAAACAUCUUAUUGGAGUUCCGAAACCACUACUUCCAAUUGGAGAACGGCCACUCAUCUCAUACUGGGUGGAAGCCUUGAAAGUCAGAGAUGACAUUUCAGAUAUUUUUGUAGUUACCAACAACCAUUACCAUCAUAAGUUUAAAGAGUGGGCACAGAAAUAUCCGUUUGUAACGUUAAUAAAUGAUGGGACUUCCAGCAAUGAGGAGCGAUUGGGGGCUGUAUCCUGUUUACAGCUGGCCAUUGACAAAUUCCAAAUAAAUGAUCAUGUGCUAGUGAUUGGCGGGGAUACCUUGUUUUAUGAGGAUUUCCAUCUACAUAAUGUUAUUGGGCAAUUUGAAACCAUCGUUAAGGACAACAAUUACGCCAACCUGGUUCUGUCGUAUCCCUGUAAGGAUGAAGAAACCAGGAAGUAUGGGAUUCUGGAAACCGAUGAAAACCACAAAGUCACAGCACUGAGAGAAAAACCCUCUCCCACAGACACGGCAUCCAGACAGGCAUGUCCGUGUUUCUAUGUGUUGUCUAAGGAUUCACUCACCUGUGUGCAAACAUUCCUAGAUGAAAAAAAGAAUGCGCCCAUAGAAGAAAAGGAUGCACCUGGACAUCUAUUAUCUUGGCUUGUGGGCAGAAAUCCUGUUCAUGUUUAUCCAGUAUCUGGACGUUUUGACGUUGGGAACUUAGAAUCCUACAUAACUUGUCACAAGUAUUUCCAACAGAACAUCAGGAAUAUACCCACGUACCUUCAAUGAUGUAGCGCAAAACUAUUUUUAAAAGUCAACUAAAAAGGAACUUACUUUAGCCUAUAUUUUAGAAUAUAUCCAAUGCAGUGUUAAAUCAGUUUAUAUAAUUAUGUAUUUAGUAUUUUCUCACAUACUCUGCAAAUGCAAUCUUAGGGAAUUCCAUUUAUUAAAGUCAUGUUUACAAUAAAA